AUGCCUCCACGCUGCCGCUCCGCCUCCGGCUACCGCGACGUUCACGCGCAGCCAAGCGGCCGCUUGGACGCGGAGAUUCGCUCCGGCGAGGAGCGCAUCCGCCUCGGGACCUUCGACAUGGCGCACGAGGCGGCGCGGGCCUACGACGCUGUCGCCUGGCGCCUCGGCCGCUCUUGCCGCCAGAUGAACUUCCAAGACCGGCUCCUCAUCGCCGAGCACGACGAGCGCCUCCGCCUCGAGUGGGCGCGCCAGUUCCUGGAGGACGUCGCCGCGAUGGAGGCGUUCAACGCGCAGAAGGAGGAGCAGAAGGCGGCGGCGGUGGCGAAGAAAAAGGUGAGCCGCGAGAAGCAUUGGGCGGAGUCCGCGGCGAGGAAGACGACGAGGGCAGAGAAGGCGGCGAGGAGGGCGGAGCAGAAGAAAAACAACGCAGCGCUUUGGAGGAGAAAAUAUUAA